UCAGAUUGUGUAUAGUGACUAUAGUAUAGGGGCGUGUGUUCGGCACGGUUACGUACGGGUCGGUUGUGUUAUGUUAACCAACGGACUUAGAAUGUUACGAGGACGUGUAAAACAUUUACUACACUGUAUUUUUUAUUUCGCCUUCAUAUUUCUGUUCCUUGUAUUUGCUGGUGCCAUUAAUUUAAAUGAAGAGAAAAAUGCUAUUCCCGAUCCCUGGGAGACUUACGGAUUUUAUGGGGCAAGCAUCCUUUACCUCCUCAGGUUAUGUACCUUGCUGACUAUACCUCAGGUGCUGUGCAAUUUUGCUGGAUUAAUAUUUUUCAACACCUUUCCGGGAAAGGUUAAAUUAAAGGGUUCCCCAUUACUGGCACCCUUCAUCUGCGUCAGAAUCGUGACUAGAGGUGACUUUCCAAAACUGGUGAAGACUAAUGUUUCAAGAAACAUGAACACUUGUAUUGAUGUUGGAAUGGAGAACUUUAUGAUAGAAGUUGUCACAGAUAAAGCUUUGAAUCUGCCAAAGCAUAGAAGAGUGAGAGAAGUGGUGGUCCCGUCUGAAUACCAGACAAAGAGCGGUGCUCUAUUCAAGUCUAGGGCACUCCAGUAUUGUUUAGAAGACAAUGUCAAUAUCUUGGCAGAGACUGACUGGAUUGUGCAUUUAGAUGAAGAGACUCUUUUGACUGAGAACUCUGUUCGAGGUAUAUUGAAUUUUGUGCAAGAUGGACAGCACCAAUUUGGCCAAGGCCUAAUCACAUAUGCUAAUGAGCAAGUGGUCAACUGGCUGACCACCCUAGCGGAUAGCUUCAGAGUGGCAGAUGACAUGGGCAAGCUGAGGUUUCAGUUUUAUUGGUUCCACAAGCCUCUGUUCAGUUGGAAAGGCUCCUAUGUAGUUACACAGAUGGGUGCAGAAAAGAGAGUGUCAUUCGACAAUGGUUUGGAUGGAUCCGUGGCUGAGGACUGCUAUUUCGCUAUGAAAGCUUACAUGGAAGGUUACUCAUUUAAUUUUAUAGAAGGUGAAAUGUGGGAAAAAUCUCCGUUUACAUUAUGGGACUUUAUGCAGCAGAGAAAAAGAUGGAUUCAAGGUAUUCUUUUAGUAGUUCAUACUAAGCAAAUACCAGUACUUAAUAAGAUCUUUCUGGCCAUAUCAUGUUAUUCUUGGGUGACGCUGCCGUUGUCAACUAGUAAUGUAUUUUUAGCCGCUCUGUGCCCAAUCCAUGGUCCCCAGUAUUUGGAUUUAGUAUGUGGAUUUAUAGGCGCCGUAAAUAUUUACAUGUACAUUUUCGGGGUAAUUAAAUCCUUUCCUUUAAAUAGAUAUGGUCCUAUUAGAUGUAUCAUGUUUGUCGUCGGUGCUCUGGCGACUAUACCACUCAAUAUUAUUAUUGAGAAUAUUGCUGUAAUAUGGGGGGUUUUAGGCAAAAAGCAUAAAUUUUAUAUUGUGAAUAAGGAGGUAAAGGUCCCGGUGACCGUGUGAUUCUCCAGUUAUUAUGUAUCACAUUGUUAGGUUUGUUACUGUGGUGAGCAGUGUGCACAAAAUACUUAAGUGAAAUCGUUUUGCACUUAAAACCGAGUGUGUUGAUGAGAAUGCAUGCUGAUAAAUGGAAAAUUGGAAUGAGCGGAAAAUGUAGUAUUGUUUGUUUCUAAAUGAAGCAAAGUGACUCGAGAUUUCUUUAAUAUCAAGCUAUUUUAUAAUAGGCCAAAUAUUUAACCUACUUAAAUAUUCAACUCAUCUUCAUAUACAAUUAAUAAAUGUAUACAAUUGAUUAUAUGAUUGAAUGAUUGUUAGUUCCAUGAAAGAAUUUCAUUAUCUGUGCAUAAGACAGAAAUGAAUAGAUACCUAAAUAUCUUGUGAUAAGUUAGUACCACGGUAACGGAUGUUAAUAGAUAAAUGCGUGUGUACCUAUCUAGAAUAACGUAAUAAUAAAUGAAUACCAUUGAUAUAUAAUUCGUUAUGAUUAGGUUAACUUUUAUCGUAAUUUGUGUUCGAUCUUGAGUAGAAUUUUCUAUUGCUAUUUUAAAGAAAAUCCCUCAAUUGGAAACCUGAGGUAAACUUGGGUUUCCACACAUUUUAUACCUAUUAUUAACUUACGCACGGUGUACUUAAUAUUUAAAACAAAUAAAUUCGAAUAAAACUAAUCUUAUUUUACAGUAUUGGUUGUAGAAUAGGUAAUUUAAUUUAGAAUUACCAGGUUAUAUUCUAAACCAUUAGUUGUGGUAAAAGGUAUAUUUUAUCUACAACUCUGAUCGUUGUUUAAUAUUAUUAUGAAAACACAACAUAAUUAUAUACCUACUCACAUACCUAAAUGUAUUUUAGACAUAACAUGUAAAUACACAUCGUUUAUGAAAUUUCGUAUAUAAAAAUAGAUUGGAACGCAUAUUUAAUAAUAUAAAACUUAACAUAACAGUGUAGGUGAAGUAUGCCUUGAAUAAAUGCUGAGUUAUACGAAGAGAUGUCUGUAAGCGAUUUUCGCUUCCAGUUUGACAAUUAAAUAGAUACUUAUCUAAGUAGAAUAUCUAUCGCAUUUGAUAACUGAAUACAUAUACUGGUGUGAUAUUUACUCAUGGCGUCCUUGUUAAAGGGGCAUUGGAACCAAUUACUGUUUAUUAGUCUACUGGACCUUCCAGUCAUGCUGUAGGCCCAAUUGUUUGUACGUGACAUUUUUUAUAAUUGCGCCAUUACAUUCAAUAAUUAUGUAUACCUAGUACUUAUAAUUUAUUGUGACCACCCAUUAAACUUUUUUGUAAAAAAUGUGCGGAGAUAUAAUAAAUCUGUUCGUGAUAAAUUGACAAGUAUCGAAAAUCUGCGAAGUAUCGUCUUAGAGCGCCUUUUUGAAACGCGCCGACAAUAUCCGGGUCCACACAGAGCGAGCAUACGCGCGAGGCAUUUUCCUGCCAGUUUAGACGUGCCUCGGCCGUAUUGUGCGUGAGGAAAUUGCCUCGCGCAUAUGUUCGCUCUGUGUGGACCCGGCUAAUGAAUAGGUACAGCAGUGACGGCCUAGGCUGGCAAAGUGGGUUCGAGCCGCGCAUGAUGCAUACACCCCAGUGGUUGUUAUUAGUUUUAAGGUAUAUAUUCGUUGUCUAAAUAUUUCCGCGCAUUUAUGUAUUCAGGAAAUUACUAGUUAUAUAUAAUUAAAUGCAAUGUAUAUAUAAUUAUCAUUGCUAUAUAAGGGAUUUCCAGCCUUGUAUCCAAUUCGGGUGGAUAACUACUUGGCCGUCUAUGCCUGAUUUCCCGACCUCUGUAGUGAUGUGCUAUUAAUUAUCUAUAGACUUACUUAUAGGUAGUACUAAUAAGAUUAUUAUGAAUGUUAUGGUAAAGUAUUAAGCAACCAUUUCAUUUAUACUAUGAUUGUCGCCUGCAUGAAUGACAUGAGAUGUUGGGUAGCCAAGUACACUGUAGUUUGUUGGAUAUUUAAUGAAUAAACAAAGACACGCUACCCACACUGAGCCGUGUCAAUCAUCACUCUUAAUCAGUUAUAGCCUCGUAAGGAAAAAUGUGUACUGUGAGACACAUUUUUCCUAUUUUUAAUUUAGACCUUGUUAAGCUUAGAAUAAAAAUAAAAGUGGAAAAAUUACUGUCUUGGGCGAGACUUGAACUCACAGCCCCUGGAUCGAUACUCCAGCUCUCUGCCAUCUGCAUCUGCUCAGAUGGCAGAGCGCUGGAGUAUCGACCCAGAUGCCGUGAGUUCAAGUCUCGCCCAAGACAGUAAUUUUUCCACUCUUAAAUUUAAUCUAAACUUAACAGCAUCGUUCGCAGACGUUUCUGCUUGUUAAAAAUUAAUUUAGACCUUGUUGUAUAGUAAAUUGGUAUGAAUUUAGUUUGUCGGGGAAAGCAAUUAAACAAAAGAAAUGCUACAUUAUUCGGUUAAUCAAAGGUUCUAAUAAUAUUACGCAAAUCUCUUCGUAGUGGGCGCCUCUAUAGUUCGUUGUUUUAGCAUUAGAGAAAAGGUAAACAUCUUAACGUGUCUUUUUAAGGAAAAUUAUUGAAAACCGCUUAAAAAAACUUACAUUAUUCAUGAAAGCAAAAAAAUGAAAAAAUAUGUAUAUGAUUUAUAAUUGUUACAUAUUUGCUGUGACUUAUUUUACAAAAGUGAAUUUAAAAAAAAGACACGUCAAGAUCGCUUACCUUCUAGCACAUACUGAGGGCCUACCGCGAAACACGAAAAUCGAAGUUUCGUUAUCUACCUCUAUAUCACUUGCAUAUUCGAGCGAUAAAAUGGCAGAUAAUGAAAUUUCGAUGUUCAUGUUUCGCGGUUGGUCUCUGUAAACAAACCGCCUUGACGCAUAAUGAAAACUUUUAAAAAAACAGACAUGGUACAUAAGUUACUCUAUGGUUUACGAUAUGUGAUAGUGCUGAUCUCUGGCGGCAGAACAUUGCAGUAAUACUCCCUAUUACCUAGAUUGGAACGGAGUGUACACUGUAAUGUAAUGCACAUUGGGCCUUACGAGGAUGGAUUAUUUUAGUUGUUAUGUGGCGUUAUAUUAUUAGUUGAUUGACCGAUUCAUGUAAAGAAAAAGUCCAAGUACAUAUUUUAUGUUAAAAACGAGUGCUGAUAAAUGAAUAAUGCUUCUACACAUUAGUCAAGUCAGGACAAAAGAGCCUAUCUACUCCAAUUUUGUGGUAUGCAAACACAGCCCCGUUAUCGUGAACUGAAGCACAUGUUCACUUCACAGUAUUUAAACUACAGAUCGCCGAUAUCAUUGACAUUUUUCACAUACCUAUCCCCUCAGCUGUGGAAAAGCCCCUCGCGCCCAAGCAGUUUUCAAACUACCGGAAUUGGCUACUUGACUGUUUUUUGUAAAUAAUGUCAAACGAUCUUGAUUUUCCUGAGGAUUUAAGCAACACAAAGGUCAGAAAUGAGAGUUAAAGUCUGACGCUCGCAGUCGACAAUUGAAACGCCUCUAACAAAAUGAUAAUGUGAUGUGACGUCACAUUAUAUAAGUCUGUCCUAAAUGUAUGGAAGAUCAAGGAAAUUGCCAUUUUGAUCCUGAAAUAUUGCGUUUAUGUGUAUAGUUGUCAUACAAUUUAUUUUUCAAUAAAAUGUAAGGAAUCGAAUGGUACCAUUUUCUUUUCUAUUUUUGAAAGACCCAAAAAAAAAAAUUUUUUUUUUGAGACUUCGAGCCUUUUAUUUUUUUAUAAUCUCAAUAUAAUUCUUUAAAUUCCACUUUUUAUAAUGGAUGGCACAUUUUCUAUCCAUUUAACUCAAUAUUGUUAUAAUAUUCAACAUGUGUCAAGUACCCAAUACAAGGAUAAAGGUGAAACUCUGAUGUCAACUACUUACUUACUUUCCACAGCUCUGGGGGUAUAAAAGUCGAGAAUUAUAUCACCAUAAAUGUUAGCUGAUUGAGGAGUAAGUGGCACAACUAUCUUAAUUGAAUCCAAUCCUAAUUAAUUUUUACGCAAAUGUUAUCAAGAUUAGAACGCGCGAUGAGUAUCGAGAUGACAAGAACACUUUUUUUUUAAUGGAUAGCAAAUGAAAUUCAAACAGGCCAUAAUGAAAUAAUGAUGUAUUAUGUUUAGGCAUAUUUUUGGCAAGUAUACAUGAUCUCGUAAAUUUAUUGAUAAAUUAGAGGUAAAAAUCUCAUUUUAAACUUGUGCUACCAAAUUCGAUAUCAACGAGUAUGUGAUUUUUUAAUACAUUGCAUGCUUGCAAAUACGUGCAUUCGGUAGCCUCGUCAUAUGCCUACAGACGCCUUGGCAGUCUUAGGGUUGCUUCGGCAGCGUAAGGCGUAUCUAAAGACGCCGUGGUAGUCUUCGGGAAACCGAGGCAAAACUGAGAAUCGACCGCACCGCGCGCACUGCCAUUUGCUUGAAGACUCCAUCAUUGAUUGCAAAAGUUUCUCUUGUUUCAGCAAAAAUAGCAACGAAUACUAUAAGCUUGUUAUGAUUUGUUUAACUAUUCGGCACACUACUCGGUUUUAUAGGGGCCAGGCCAGACUUGGCAUACCCAAAGACGCCUAGAAAUGGCUUAGAACACUUCGGCAUGUCUAUUAUGCUUCGGCAUGCCCUUAGGGAUUCCCGAAGACUGCCUCGGCGUCUGUAGAUACGCUUUAGGCUGCCAAAGCACCCCGAAGUCUGCCUCGGCGUCGUUAGGGACGCCAUAGGCUGUCGCAGCCACACAAAGACUGCCAAUGCGCCAAGGCAUGGCGAGGCUACCGAGCCGUGCCGUGCCCUGCCCAUAGUAGGCGCCGGGCCUAAAUAGAUUAACCUGUUUGAUUUUGUAGGAAUAAAUAAUUUUAGUGUUAUAUAAAUAUUAAUAGAUAAAUUUAUUCUGAAUUGCCGUUAACUGAACAUAAGAGCUAAGCUACCAAGAGAGUAUUCAGUUUUUCUGUUCGCAUCAGACUAGUCAUUUAAAACUUUACUUCGCAUAUUAUUAGGAUUAGUAUCUUAAUGAACUUACCUGAUCUACUGCAAUUGUUUCAUGAAUUUCAUUAUAUAAUUAGUAUUGAACUAAAACAACUAAACCGUCAAAGAUGAAUGAUGAUUAAUAACUGAAAGAAAACAACGUUCUAAGUAUACUUACCGACUAUACAUACCUGGCUAUUCGAUUAAAGGUUUAGGAUUUACCGGAGCACACACGGUUACAGCAUCCGGUUGGCCAGAAAUGUUUGUGCAGGCCGACCGGAGCGGGUAUUGGAAUAGACUUGAAGGUCUAAUCAAACUUUAACCCUUUUCUAGGCAUAGUACCAUUUAUCGACCACAUACGCGCCAUUAGAAUUUCAACUUUAGCAUUCCGUUUUAAGGUUCAAAUUAGAUUACACUUUCAGGAAAUGUGACUUGUCUUCAAAUUAAUCAUCCAAGCUGGAUUAAUUGGAAUAUAUUUGAUUUUUUUGUAAAACCUUAUAGAUUAGUGCGGCCUGGAAAAGGGUUAAAAACUUCGUCUUUAUCCGUUACUGACUUAUUGAUUAAGUCCGCCUAAGCUAAAUGUACACAUACUUGAACUGAACAAAGUGAGGCGGGGUAGUUAUAAAUGUCAUAUUUUCACAAAAAAAUUACAUUAGUGAUGACAGUUACACUUUGACAUUGCAAUUGCUAUAUGGAGUUAGCUUGGGCCGACUGUAUUUGUGCAUGUCGUCCGGACUUAAGUAUUAACAGAUUAAGCUGACAAUUUUAAUGUUCGAAUUUGCCUCAUGUGCAGUUUUUUUGCAAGUAAUUAAAAUUCAAUUCCUUUAAAUGAUACCAUGCGACGCAUAAAUUGGUGUUUGAAAAAUAUCACACAUUUAAAUAGAAGGUAUUCGGAAAGGGGAUUGUAUGAGAGUCGUGUCUCUAGAAUUAAGUGAUCUGUGCGUCUACUGAAGGCUUGGGACUAUAACAGUUAUGUCUUUUUAUGUAUCUAAAGCAGCUUAACCAGAAGCAAAAGACGGCUAAGGGGCGUAAAAUGAUGCAAAAAAAAUGCUGGCUUCGUUUUAGCUGCUGCAACAGCUGGAGUAGCUGGACACAUAUUGCGGUAGGAACAAAAGUACAUUGUCAAGCCAACGUUACACUCCAGUUUAACGUUUGGCGCCUUACAGCGCUAUCUAUUUCAGCGGUCACAACCUCUGCUACUAUAUUUUGCAUUAAUAUUAUGCGUCUUAGUAAUCUUAGUAUGCCUUUAUCUAUUAACUUUUCUAUGAAAUAAUCAUUAUAGAAUAAACACGUAAACAAAGACUUUAAUAUCAUUAUAUAGGUUUAGAGUUGAUUUUUAUUUUUUAAAUAUAGUUUUUGGUCACAAAUGUUUUGAUGUUUUUUAUGUAUUUCAUUGGUAAGUCAAUGCCAUAAAUGUUACAAACGCCUGAUAAUAACUGUGAAUUAAAAUGUAUGUCGCUGUACCGGCUUAUAAACUAUAUUGCAUUUCCAAUCUUAACCUUUGGCAUGCUUAGGAGCAUAUCUGCGCCAUAUAUAUUCAACUUAAAAAUGAAGUUGUCACGAUUGCUAAAUAAAUGGCAAACUUUUGACACGAGCAUACAAAAGGUUAAUCGUCGAAUAGUAUUUUAUUUUGGCACUUUAUGUCUUCGAGCAUUUAACCAGAUAAACGUCAGUCCAUACAAUGGAUAUGACCACUGACUGAGGUUUUCGACAGAAGGGUAAGCUCUUAAAGGUGAAUCCGGUUGGUUAAAUGAUUUUGUAUACAAUUCUUAAAGACGUGGAUUACCUUCAAGUGGUAACAUACCUGGGUAACGUCGCAUAAGUAUUUGAAUAUGUUAAGUUAACGCAAUUUAUACUGUGCGACAGUACUCACAUAUUUAGUUACUCUUAUAAUACUUUUCUAAUGUAUUUCUUUCGUUGAUUAAGAUUCUAAAGCCCCAUUUACACGGAGCGAGAACUUGCAUGUUUCAAAUCAAAUAUUCUGUAAUUGUGAUUUAUCUGUAAUAAAUAAAAAAAAAUAAAAAAAAUACCUACUUCGAUAUACGACGAAAAGUCUGGCCUAGUGACCCUGCCUAUGAAGCCGAUGGUCCUGGGUUCGAAUCCCGGUAAGGGUAUUUAUUUGUGUGAUGAGAACAGAUAUUUGUUCCUGAGUCAUGAAUGUUUUGUAUGUCAUGUCAUUCGGCCAAUGAUAUGCAACAUCUAAAUUUUAUAUAGAUAUAUUUAAUAAUACCUAUUUAUGUUCCAUAGAUAUUAGUAACUUAUUAAAAUGAACGGGUUACUCACGUAUUAUUAAGUCGAAUAAACGCUCGACAUGUUUCGAUCCAGUUUCAGAGGAUCUUCAUCCAGGAGCACCAAGUGCGCUGCCUUUACACGUAGCGUGCUCGACCAGUAAAGGCGGCGCACCGGCUCUUUGAUGAAGAUCCUCUACAAUUGAAUCGAUACAUGUCGAGCGUUUAUUUGACUUUAUAAAUUAAUAGGUACGUUAAAGUAACCCGAUAAAUAUGUUGAAUAUGUUCGAGUCUCAAGAUAGUGAAGUUUUAUAGUUAGAAUCUAUGACACUGUUCAUUCAAACGAUCCAAUAACGUGUAUUUUUCUUGAAUGAUAGUGGAAAACGUUAACCAUGGCAAUAAACUGUUGGACGAAACCUAUUCGUUGCGCCCUCUGUAGUGAUCACUUGGUAAUGAAUAAUGAUCAACACCGCUUUGUGUUGAUAUUUAUUCAGUACGUGUAGGUACUUGUGAAUGUAAUCUGUGUGAAAUGUAAAUCGUGUGCUCGUGUAUGUGUCUUACGCUAAUAAAUGUUUGAAGAUCACGUAAUUAGUAAAUAGUGGCAUAAUUCAGAUAAUAAAUUGAAUAUUAUUACA